AUGGAGCCUGUUCAGAUACAGCCCAAUAUUCCAACAUCGGGGCCAAACGGUCCUGGAACAAAUUCAAUACCACCUUAUUACUCGGCUAUCAAACAAUAUAGCAGCCCUUUACCUUUCUCGAGCGAAUGGGACGAGUCUUUUGCCCAACAGCAAUCUCCACUCAAAUCAAAAAUGACGUAUACUAUGGCCCAACUUGCAAGCAACGGCAUCGCAAAAUCAUCAGAGAAAAAUGCCCGAGCGCUGCCAGCACAUACUGUGACGCUGAAUUCCAUGCGCUCGCCGACCAGGGCGGAGGAGAAGAUUCGUUUACCGAAGGCUGAUCUGGCAGAACCUACGCCUCCACCAUCAGAUUUAUCCCCAGAAGAAGUUCUGCCCAUAGAUGUGUUCUGGGCUAUGGUCAACGAUAUCACAGGCAAGGACAAGUUGGCCAAGUUUGGGCAGUAUUCCUUGAGAUUGUUACUCCAUCAUUCAAAACAGGCAGAAGCGUACUUGAGUGAUGAAAAGUUGAACAUCCGGCUGAUCAACAAGACGUACCAGGGAACAGACAAAAUGUUGGACUUGAUUAUCAACUUUGUGCGUAAUCCCCGGGCGUUUGCUCGAGUGGUAGUGAUUCUAAUAUGCUCUACAUUCACGCUGAGACUAUCAGGCGUUGUCCCAGCUUUGGCUAUGUUCAGACAGUUUUUGCGUUUUGGCAAAUCGCCUUUCCGGAUUAAUGCAUUACUCAAAAAGGUCAGAAACCACUUAUACUUCGACAAGACCAGUAAAGUGUGGAGAAUUCAAGGCUCCUUUUUUUCAAAGAACACUUUGGGUGAGCUUAUAUCCCUUUACUAUUCAGUGAAUGAUGAAUCUUUGCUUCUAUUCAAGCUUAAGUUUUUGCAAAACAAAACUUGGAGAAGAAUUGCCGGACGUCACGAAUCAUAUGCAUGGUACUGUGAUUCGUGGUUUGCGUUGUAUAAUGCAUGGUCUAGUCUUCAGAGCCUCUCACAACAGGAAAUGGAUAUCCAGAUCCAAAUAAGGGUCAAACAAAGGGCUAAAGCACUUUCUAAGGAACUUUUGGGUGGAACUGCACUUCACGCCUCUCAUUUGGAUGAUGAAACAGAUGACCAACAAUUGUUGAAAGAAAUCAGAUUCAAGAAAUCGAAUGCCAUGUUGGACAUUUACAAAACAUUGUCAGACAUUAUUUUCAACUCAUAUACCGUGUUCAACAUGAAGCUACACUUUGCGACAGUCCAAAUAUGGAUGGGAAUUAGCGCUUCGUUCUUAAGUUCGGUCAAGUUGUAUCGCCAGAAGAAGCAACUGCUCGAAAGCAAGUAA